GUCAGCCUGUGGCUAUUCAUUCAUACAACAAGAACACAAACCAAGCCAUAAUUGUCAUCUCAAAACACUCUUCUAUCCUUCCAUUUCUUGUUCUUCUGAAUGUUUUCAAAUUAUUUUCUCCAAUGAAAUCCAUAGCCAGAAAUCAAAAGGCAAUGCUGCAUUUGCAGCAUAACCCAAUUCUCUUGGUUCUUGCAGUAAUUUUCUUGCUUUCCUCUCAAAUCUGUGCAGAAAAUGGCAUUGAUUUGGAUGAUAUUGAUAGAGAUAUGAAGAACUUAACGUUCGAAAACCCUAGUAUUCGACAAGCCUACAUUGCUUUACAAGCAUGGAAACAGGCCAUUUUAUCUGAUCCUUUCAACUUCACAGCAAACUGGACAGGUCCUGACGUUUGUUCCUAUGGUGGAGUCUUCUGUUCGCCGUCUCCAACGAAUGCCUCCAUGCGAGUUGUGGCUGGGAUUGACCUAAACAACGCAGACAUUGCAGGGUACCUCCCGGAUGAGCUCGGGUUAUUGACAGAUCUGGCCCUUUUCCACAUCAACUCCAAUCGAUUCUGCGGUGUUAUCCCAAAGAGUUUUAAGAAAAUGAAGGUUCUUUUCGAGCUGGAUGUCAGUAACAAUCGCUUCGUAGGGGGAUUUCCUCAAGUGGUUUUGUCAUUGCCUGCACUGAAAUUCUUGGACCUCAGGUUCAAUGAAUUCGAGGGACUUGUCCCAAAUAGGCUUUUCGACAAACCCCUUGACGCCAUUUUCCUGAAUGAUAACAGAUUCCGAUUCCGAAUACCGGAAAAUCUUGGAAAUUCUCCAGUUUCUGUUUUGGUAUUGGCUAACAAUAAUCUUGGGGGUUGCAUUCCAGACAGCAUUGGAAAAAUGGGUAAAACUUUGAAUGAAUUGAUAUUGAUGAAUGAUAAUCUAACUGGCUGUUUGCCUCCAGAGAUUGGAAUGCUGAAGAAAUUGACAGUCUUUGAUGUUAGUUUCAACAAUCUCCAAGGGCCAUUGCCUUCGGGUAUUAGCCGUAUGAAGAGCUUGGAACAGCUAGAUGUGGCACACAACCGCCUCACAGGAGAGGUGGCCGCCACCGUGUGCCGCCUCCCCCAGCUGUUCAACUUUACCUACUCAUUCAAUUACUUCACCAAGGAGGCUCCGGAAUGCACUAAAUUUGGUGGUGGGGCAGUGUCCGAUGGGCAGGAGAAUUGUAUUCCGGGGAAGAGUGAUCAGAGGUCUGCUAAAGAAUGCUCGUCUGAAGCUGCUAAGCCAUUUGAUUGCAGCAAGUCCAAGUGUGGCGGUGGCGGUGGCUUUAGGAUGAAGCCUAAACCAAGGAAGAGGCCACCAGUUCAGACAAAGCCGCCACCUCCCAAGCCAUCUGCUGGGCCAAGGCCUUUCCCCAAGCCUGUUUCGCCACCACCUCCGCCUACUUCAAGGUCUUCACCGUCAAUGAGAUCACACCCUCCACCACCACCAACUCCAUCUCAAAAGCCGACACCGACACCAUCUUAUCAUGCACCACCACCACCGCCUGUACACAAAGUCUUUCCAGGGACUCGCCUUCCACCACCAACUUACCACUCUAGUCCCGCAAAGCAUUCACCUCCACCUCCACCUCCACCACCUCAGCAUAAGAGCUCACCGAAGACGCGCUAUGCAUCACCACCACCACCUCCACCAGUUUAUGAACACGUGACACCAUCACCCCCACCACCCUCACCAUCACCUCCACCUCCUUACACAUAUUCAUCGCCACCAUCACCGUCGCCUUCUCCAUCACCUCCACCGCCAAACAUAUAUUCAUCUCUGCCACCGCCGCCUUCACCAAUUCCUCCGCCUCCUUAUGUAUAUUCAUCUCCGCCGCCCUCACCAUCGCCACCUCCACCUCCACCUCCACCUCCAUACACAUACUCAUCACCACCACCGGCAGUUUAUGAACACGUGACACCAUCACCAUCACCCCCACCACCCUCACCAUCAUCUCCACCUCCAUCGCCACCUCCACCUCCACCUCCUUACACAUAUUCAUCACCGCCACCGCCGCCACCUUCAUCAUCACCUCCACCGCCACCGCCACUGCCACCUCCUUCACCAAUUCCACCGCCUCCUUAUGUGUAUUCAUCUCCACCGCCGCCACCACCACCACCUUCUCCAUCACCUUCACCACCCUACAUAUAUUCAUCGCCACCACCUCCACCAUCCCCUGGAUGCUAUGAAUCAACACCACCUCCAUCACCUUAUGCAUUUUCAUCUCCACCACCAUACACAUAUUCAUCCCCUCCACCACCCUAUUCAUCACCUCCACCACCUUACACGUAUUCAUCCCCGCCACCACCUUCUCCAUCACCUCCGCCACCUUACACAUAUUCAUCACCCCCUCCACCACCCUACAUCUAUUCAUCGUCGCCGCCACCCUCACCACCACUGCCUCCACCAUCCCCUGGAUGCAAUGAAUCAACAUCACCUCCACCUCCACUGCCACUGCCACCGCCACCUUAUGUAUAUUCAUCACCCCCACCACCUUCCCCAUCACCUCCAACAGCGAACACAUAUUCAUCCCCGCCACCACCUUCUCCAUCAACUCCUCCACCAUACACAUAUUCAUCACCACCACCACCUUCUCCAUCUCCACCACCCUACAUAUAUUCAUCACCACCGCCACCUCCGCCAUCACCAUCUCCGCCUCCACCACCAGUGUACGAAAACAUACCACUUCCUCCAAUUGAAGGAAUCUCCUAUUCAUCUCCUCCACCCCCUGUCAUUCCAUACUACUGAAAUGACGCUCAGUUAUAGCCCAUUCUCCUCUCUUAAAUUCCGAAAGGUUGUUCCAUAAAAACAUAAGAGAAUUCUCUUCUGCAGUUAAAGGGAGUGGUUGGGCUUCUGAUGAUAUUUGAUUCCAUUUGGAGGGCUCCUUCUUCAACAAUAACUAGCUUAGUUUUUUUUGUUAAUUAUUAUACAAGUUUUUAUUGUUCAUAAUUGCAACUUAUAUUCUUUACAAAUGUCAUCUUUUAUUAAUAUACAAAAGUUACCCAAGUUUUUUUCUGUUGGUGAAGAUAAAUAUGUAAAUCAGCAAACACU